AUGGGAGAAAAACAACAAUGGACCAAUGAGCAUUUAAAAUGCUUAUUGGAUACUUGUAUUGAAGAAGUAGAGAGUAUUGGUAGAAAAGGAUUGAGUUUGCAGAAAGAUUCAUGGAUAAGGCUUGGAAGAAUUCUUAAGGAGAAAUUUGGGGUUGAGUUGACUCAAAAACAAAUGAAAAACGCAUAUGACAAUCUGAAAGCCAAAUACACUGGAUGUGUAUAUUUAAAAAACAAAACCGGUAAUAUAUACAAUUCUCAAACAAACACUUUUAAUUUAACAGCCGAGGAGUGGGAUGAUUUUAAGAAGGGGCAUCCGAAAGCUGCUUCUUUGAGAACAAUUCCACUGCCUUUUCCAGAUCUUUGUGCACGUCUUUUUGAUGGAAAUAGUGCCACUGGUAAUUUUAGGAGUUACUCAACCCAAUCAUCAUCAGUAGCUGGCGCAUCCUCCUAUUGUGUUCCAUCACUUUAG